CCUCGGUACCGGUGAACACAUGGCCGGAAAUUCACAUUAGAGCAAAGCAUGGGACAUGUACCCGAGUUGUUAUUAUUCCAUCGCUAUCUCGAUUUUUCUGAUAACAACGUAAAUGCACAUUUUGUUUAAUUAGUUGUAAUUUACCCGUGAUGGCUACCGAUCUGAUCGUACCCGGGCAGUUUGAUGACGCAGAUGGACCGGAAAGUGACUUAGAAGUGGGCCAGCGACUUGAAGAUACUUCCAAGGCUGUGGUCGACGUCAGUGUUGCAAGCCAAGACGCUCCUGUAGCUGAUGCAUUCGAGGAAGAGGAUUAUGAAGAUGAGGACGAAGAGGACGAGGAUGAGUGGGACCUGGAUGACGGGAAAGAUUUCACAAAACGCUACACCGCCUUGAGGACGGGACACAAUCACCAGGCUAACCGGCAGAAUCCAAGCAGCAAAUCGAUGAAGAUGUCCACUCCCUCAGACAAAGUUCUGAGAAAAUUUGAACAUAAGAUUAACCUAGAUAAGUUGAACUACGCCGACUCUGUUAUUAACAAAGUGAAGGUGAUGGAGAGACAGAGAGAUGCGGACACGUUUCGGGUCAAGGACAAAGCAGACCGUGCCACUGUGGAACAGGUGUUGGAUCCAAGAACACGCAUGAUUCUUUUCAAGAUGCUGAGUAGGGGUGUGAUUACGGAGAUCAACGGUUGUAUUAGCACAGGAAAAGAGGCAAACGUUUACCACGCAAACACUGCUAAUGGAGAAAAUCGGGCCAUCAAAAUCUACAAGACGUCCAUUUUACUCUUCAAAGACAGAGACAAAUAUGUCAGUGGAGAGUUCCGAUUCAGGCACGGCUAUUGUAAAGGUAACCCGAGGAAGAUGGUGCGCACAUGGGCAGAAAAAGAGAUGAGGAAUCUCAUUAGGCUUCAAGCAGCAGGGAUCCCCAGUCCUGAGCCCGUCAUGCUACGCAGCCACGUCCUCGUCAUGGGCUUCAUCGGCAAAGAUGACAUGCCAGCUCCACUGCUGAAGAACGCUGCGUUGUCGGAGUCCAAGGCGAGGGAGCUGUACCUGCAGGUGAUCCAGAACAUGCGGAGGAUGUAUCAAGAGGCCCGGCUUGUCCACGCCGAUCUCAGCGAGUUUAACAUGUUGUAUCACAAUGGAGAUGCUUACAUUAUAGAUGUAUCACAGUCUGUGGAACAUGACCACCCUCAUGCCUUGGAGUUUUUACGGAAAGACUGCACUAAUGUUAAUGACUUCUUUCAGAAGCAUGACGUGGCAGUGAUGACCGUUCGUGAGCUGUUUGAGUUUGUCACAGACCCCUCCAUUAACAGUGAGAACAUCAAUCAGUACCUGGAAAAGGCUAUGGAGAUAUCGUCUGAAAGGACUGCAGAGGAGAGGUCCAAUCAGGACAAAGUGGACGAUGAGGUGUUCAAGAACGCCUACAUUCCACGCACUCUUACAGAAGUCAGCCAUUACGAGCGCGACGUAGACUCCAUGAUGAGGGCUAAGGAAGAAGAAUCUGUUCACAGCUCGCAAAACGACAAUGUCCUGUAUCAGACCGUCACAGGCCUGAGGAAAGACCUGUCUGGAGUUCAGACGGUGCCUGCUUUGCUGGAGGGCUGUUCAGAAGAGGGAAACUCUAGUUCAUCCGAAGAAGAGGAGGGUUCAGACUGCUCAGAUGAAGAGGAUGCGCCCACACAAGAUGACCAGAGUCAAGUAUCAGCAGUGGACAAAAAGGAGAGAAAGAGAUUGGCUAAAGAAGCCCAAAGGGAGAAACGAAGGAAUAAAGUUCCAAAACAUGUGAAGAAGCGUAAAGAGAAAGUGGCCAAGAUGAAGAAAGGCAGAUGAAAAGAUAAGACACUUAUCAGUUCUGCCAAACUUCACACCACUUUCCUCAUCAUGGUUAUUGACACCUAAACCAUAACAAUAAACUAUUUCAGAUUUUUAGGA